ACUGCGAUGGUAAAAGCUCUCCAAGCCGUUCACACUCUCAUUUUAAUCUUCACAUCACCUCCCCUAUCUAUCGUCAGCGGUGCCGCGAGAGUCCGGGCGCGUGUUUUUGGGGGCCGAGUUUGGCUCUCCCCAUUCACCGCGGCAUUCAUGCUCACGCAAAAGGGCGCGCGAGCGAACCAACCCUCCCGCUUUGCAAUGAAUGGAUGUAUGGUGUGGAUGAAACGGACGAUGGAACGACGAAGACAUAGCGAGAUAUAGGCGAGCUGUUGGCGCUUCCCAUUGCGAGCAAACCAUUCAUUUCAAACGGUUUCGUGUUCCGGUGCGGACGUACCUUCUCCGUGUGUGAGCUGCUCCGCGUGUUCAGUUGAGCUGGCGCGUAUCGUGCGUGCCACUGCAGGAUAAAGUGUCAUCGAUUGUGUGUGCGUGUGUGUGCGUGCGUUUGUGUGUGUGUGUUUAAAAAUAAAAAGCUUCCAGCGGGAGCGAAGCAGGGGAAGAGUGGUGGAGAAAAAGUGAAAGUGCAAGCCGGUUUUAAGCUUGGGGAAAAAUCCUUCCAGGAAAUUCAGUGCCAGCGCGCGCGUGGUCUCCUGUUCGAAUUUUACAUCCGUCCAUUUCGUACACUUUGUGUCUCUGUGUGUCUGUGUGUGUGUCUUUUGUUUUUCUUCCGGUUCCGGCCAAUCGAACGUGCGGGGUUUUGGCAGAAGGUAGUGGUGCUGGCGGUGGUGGUUGUACCACUAACUCCGGGCGUAAAGCGUGUUGGGCGGCACUGGGCGCACCCGCGGCUCAGCAGAUCUCCCCACAAAACCCGGUCCUAUCCGGGGGGUCAUUUUCCACGUGGCGAUCGUCGACGCAAAGCAGCUUAUAUGUGUGACCAGGGCAAGCGAAAGAAAAAGGAAAAAUUCCAGUACAACAAAUCGAUCAUGGCCGCCACGAGCGUGGUGGUCCUCGAUCGGGGCAACAACACGACCUGCACGGUGAACCUACACGGUGCAACCGUGGUGUCCUGGCGAGUAAAUAAUCAAGAACAGUUGUUUGUAAGCAAACUAGCAGUUUUUGAUGGGAAGAAGGCAAUCCGUGGUGGCAUACCGUUCGUUUUUCCACAAUUCGGUCCCUGGAACUUUGGUCCACAGCAUGGCUUCGGCCGGGUGGUCCGAUGGACGCUCGAACGUGCCCCGGAACGAUUGCCCAGCGGUGACGUGGAAGCUGUCUUCAGCCUAAUGGACAACGAAAUUACACGCUCGAUGUGGAACUAUCCAUUUCGCAUAACGUACCGGUUGAUCCUGCGCGAGAAGGAGCUCCACUUCCACAUCGGCGUGUACAACCCGAGCAAAGACAUGACCUUCUCCUUCAAUCUGCUGCUGCACACCUACCUGAAGGUGCCGGACGUGCGCCGGUGCCAGAUCACAGGACUGCACGGUUGCACCUUUGUCGAUAAGACACGAGACGGAGCCAUCUACCAGGAGGGCCGGGAUGCGGUCACCAUCAACGAGUGGACGGACCGGGUAUACCAGCACACGCCCCAGGAGCACAUCAUCACGAACGUGGUGUCCGGGCGGAAGAUGCGCCUGCAGAAGUACAACUUCCCCGACACGGUCGUGUGGAACCCGUGGAUGGAGAAGGCGCGCGAGUGCCAGGACUUUGGUGACGACGAGUACCCGAACAUGAUCUGCGUCGAGGCGGGCCACGUCUCGACACCGGUCAUCCUGCUGCCCGGCACCGCGUUUGAGGCGUCACAGAUACUUCAGGUUAUGUGAGUAGAAACCCCGGGAGGUACUGUGACCCGCAGUAAAGGUUCCUCCCGAGCAAAAUCCAAAAAGAAUCAGCAACAACAGCAACAACAGCAACAACAACAGCAACAGC